GAUGGCCAAGCUGCAGGAACAACUGAACAUAGAGUUGAAGUUGAAAACGGGUGCAGAAACAAUGUUGCAAGUAUCUGAAAGCGGGCAGAAAGGGGCGACGAUAAGUCGGGAACAAGUGGAGUUGCAACUGGCGGCAACAAAGAAGAAAAUUGCAGCGUUGCAGCAGCAGCUUGAUAUGUACAAAAGUAUUCAAGACGCACCUGUAGUUCAGACCCGGUAUUCAACGCAACGGUUUGCGGAUGACCCAGAUAGCUUUCUGUUACGUCAGGUACGAAGUCACUCGAAUGAUCAAAGACAGCGUGUGACAGAUAGCACGCAUAGUCUGGAUCGACGAUCAGAUGGAAACGUAUUGCGAGGGGUUAAUACGCAAAUGGUCAGUGACCUUUUGACCCGCAUCAGCAACCAAACCGAGCAUCCAGCAGUGAGAAUGGAGGCCAUGAACAACCUCCUCAAAAUCAGCAGAAGUGUGGACGAUCUCUGUGCGUACGCUUCGGCGGAUAAUAUCGUCAAAAGCUUGCGAACCUGCUUGGUGCAUCAGUCAAAGGACAUGCGUGCCAGUGCAUUUCGAGUUUUAAGGCACAUAGCAACUGAUAUUAUUAUGCUUGGAGCGAUCGUUGACGCUCACAUAGACGUAUUUGUAAUGAGAGCUCUUACACGCGAUCAGCGAUACGACGUAGAGCGGGAACAGUCUCUCAAACUGAUUCGUGCAUUUUUGGACGUACCUGGUGGCUCGGAGCUUAUCCCUCAGAGUCUCAUCCGCAUGUUAGUGGCUGUUUCUGAGCAACCAGAUGACAAGUUCCGAACUAUAUGCGUGGAAACUUUGUGUGAACUGGCGAUACGGAAUAUGGGCUUAUUGGCGUUAUCGGGAGGAACCAAAGUAAUAUUUAACGCCUUGCUAGAAGGUCCGCGCGAGCUGACAGGAUCGCUCGUGCGAACAGUCCUUUAUAUGUUGGACUCAGAAGAAACGCGCUGCUAUAUGAGGCCGUCUGUUGAGCUUGAGAUGAUAAUAUCACAAUUCACGGAUGCGUACAGUCGCGGUCCGGCGAACGAGGAGAAACUAGCAGCUUGCGCUAGGGCUGUGACUUUACUAUUCAAAUCGUGGACAGGCAUCAUAUAUUUAUGUCUCGAUGACAAGCGCGCUAUCAGAUCUAUAGUGGAGUCUCUACGUUUACCUUACGAUGAAAAUAGGAAAAUCCUUCUGGAAAUGCUUUUUGAUAUAUUUCAAAUAGAUGUGCCCAAAUGGUACCCUGAUUUUGUCUCUGCAAGGAGUCGAUUUGGACACUUCUACCCAAUGCAUGAGGACUUGCUUCCAGAGAAUCUUAUCUCUGUGCCGUUGUAUGUCGACCGAAAGAACCUGGUGGACCACUAUCUUAGCUUCGUCCUGAUGAUUCUUAUUGAUGCUGGCUUGUUGGAGGCGUUGGUCGAACUGCUCCAGCACGAUAAUAAAUACAUCACCACAAGGGUGACCAUUCUCGUUGGCGAAAUUCUUGAACUAUGCCAUCGACUGCUGCCGACAGCGUAUGGUACCAGAAUUCAGUCGCUUCCCGCUCUUUUCCGUAUUGCCUCAGACUUCGAUGAUGAAGUGAAGCGACAUCAAGGCACUUUAGCUUUGACGUACAUCGAUGGGCUUCACAAAAGCAAAGAGAAGUUGUUUCCGCAUGCCCUAGAUGACUCUUUCCCGAAUAGGCGGUGGCUCAAUCGUCGUAGUAAUUACUCUUUGCGGAGCGGACGAUCACGGCAAGUGGAAAAUGUGAAGAUCCGCAUGGGCAUUCAGAUUGAUGACAUACACUUCCGGAAUAUGUUGAGCGAGCUUGAGAAAGUUUUGGGAUCAAAGGACUACACCAAGUGGACCUGGGACGUUAUUAUGGAGUUAAUUCAAGGCCCGUUCCUCAAUCCCAAGCGCUUGGACGAAGCGAUAAAAAAUACCAAAGUGGUUAAGCGGCUCCUAUCCUUCUAUCGGCCGACAAAUCAUCAGUUUUCAGACAUAAAAAAGAGCAAGGGAAGCGCCAAAUAUAUCCGCAUUGGGUGUGAGCUGAUGAAAACCCUUUUGGCUACCCAAGAGGGUGUUCGGUAUCUGGCAGAGAAUCGGCUACUGCCGGAGAUCGCGGAAUGCCUAGGACAGCUAGAUCCAAUACACACCAGUCAACAGAGUGAGCCAAUAUUUUCCAAGGAAAGAAUGGAAAAAACACUGACGGGAGACUAUUUUACCUUGCUGGGAAUAUUCACGCAGUCCAUUGAAGGAAUACGACUAUUGGAACGGUUCCGAAUCUUCAGUUUGUACUAUCGCUUAACAGAAUUGCGCAGUCGAGAUGAUUUAGUGAAGGCCGUGGUGUUGAGCAUGGAUUAUAGCCGGGAUAACCAUGCGCGCGUUUUGCUUUCGAAAGUUAUGACUUCAGGAUACAAGCAUGUACGACUCGCUUCCACAUGUCAUCUGCGGAACAUUCUUCAGAAAGGCGUCGAGGAUUUCUCAGACUGGGGCAUACAGUUGCUAGUAACUCAGCUGUAUGAUCCAUCGCUAGAGGUCUGCGAAAAAGCGGUUGCCGUUCUUGAUUUGGCGUGCAAUGACCGAAGAAAUCUCGAGUCGGUUGUGAACAUGAGGCCAAGCCUGGAUCAUUUGGGGGAGGCGGGGAAUCCGCUGCUCUUAAGAUUCCUAUCUACAUCAGUGGGAUUCCACUAUCUACAACAGCUGAAUUAUAUCGAGCCUGAGAUGGAUUAUUGGUUUGAGCACGGCAACAAUCAUUAUGUGAUCCGUUUGGAGUUGUCAUUAGCUCGUGCUCUCUCCUCUACAAUGAAUCAUUCGAACGGUGUCGAGGCAGGCCUCGACGCAGCUCGAUCAGCCGAAGAGCUUGCCAUAGACAAUCAGGAGACAGACGGUAAAGCACCGCCCCACUUCUACGGGGAACUAGCACGAACAUCGGAAGGCAGCGCUUUGCUUAGACGAAAAGGUCAUUUCAAAACCUUCGCCGACCUUAUCAGGCUAAAAAGCACGGGUCCUGUGGAGCCAGCGUCCAUACUCCCGUUAAAAGGCGUUUUAUGGGCAGUGGGUAAUAUUGGUGCUAUGAAGACGGGCCUUUCCUUCCUGCUGGAGGAAGAUAUCAUUAAACAUAUAGUCAACAUCGCACGAACAUCCCCGAUCAUUACAUUGAAAGGGACUUGUUAUUAUAUAUUGGGAUUGAUAGCCAAAACAGCGCAGGGCGUGGAAAUCUUGGAAGAUUUGGGAUGGGAGACUGUAAUGCCAGCACAUGGGCAACUAGAAGGGUUGUGUGUACCCAAAAACGAGGCAUUGUUUUUAAGAAUGCCACAUUGGAACUACAAGGGGUCUUGGGCGGACUACUCAACAAAGCCUAAUUUCAGCCCACACGAGUUUGACCCAACAGAGAGAGAAAUCUUGAAAUGCAUCGGUAACAUGAGUAAUCAUAUUUUGGCCAACGCUGCCUCCAAAACUCUUUCGAGGUUUCGUCACGAGUAUUCUGAUUAUUUUGUCAAGGUGGAUCUGUACAUAGAGGUUCUUCGAAUGCUCUCUGUGUACCACUUCCGUCUCACAGCGCGGCGGUUCAUACAUGAGCUAUUUGAACGUGUCAGCUUUCUUGAGAGCGGGUUUGACAAACUGGACGCGGUGGGACGUCUGGAAAUCGAACCACCAGAGGCUCGGGCGGAAGAUCCAGCGUGGGACGACAGGAUGGAAUCACAGAGUGAGGAUGCAGAUAUCGGGGAAACGAAGGGAGAGACUGCUACGGCAGGGUCUGCGUCAAAUGGAGAAGGUGGGAAGCGAGAGAGGCUUGCUCUCAAACCGCAACAUGUUACGAAAGGGUUUGUAUGAUAGGGAUAAGGAUGUUUAAUUUUAUAAUUGUAAAUUUGAAUGAACAGUACGCAGGAUGACCUGUUCUUGUGAGACUUGUUCAUCUGUCGCGUAC